AUGACAAAACCGCCGAUUUCACCAUUACCUUUGGCGUUGGUCAUGAACAAUCACCUCCGCAAUCUGCACCGGUUUACAAAGCCUCUUUUCAAACGACUGCCAAUUAUUGCUCCCCGUCUGAAUUCUACAUUUGGAUAUCUGGCCGAUAUCGGAACAAUGGGCGCCGCACAGAAUCAGGUCGAGUUUUUCAAGACUGGGAAAUUCGCUGUUGUUGGUGCUAGCGCUGACCGAUCCAAGUAUGGAAACAAGGUGUUCAGGUGGUAUCUUGACCACAACCUACCAGUCGUCCCUAUCAAUCCAAAAUCACCUACUAUCGAAUCACAUCAGACCCGUGCUUCCCUGUCCGACCUUCCAUGCCCUUCCGAGUACGCCCUGUCUAUUAUAACACCCCCGAAAGUCAGCAGUUCGGUUAUCGCAGAAGCGGCAUCCCUUGGUAUCAAAAAUGUAUGGAUGCAGCCGGGAUCAGAUUCGCCAGAGGUGGUGGCUCUGGCAAGAGAAAAGGGGAUGAAUGUAAUAGCUGGAGGUCCGUGUAUUUUGGUGUCAGGGGAGGAUGCAAUGAAGGCGGCUGCAAAGCUAUAGAGUGUAUCUGGGAAUGCAGAAAAUGUUUCAUUCAUGUAUUAGGCCAUUAAUUCCAAUAUUUGCCCAAAAGUGCCGGUCUCCCCA